CUUUGUCUCUACAAUUUUACUUCCAAUACGCACAACCUCCUGCCCUUCCCCUCGCGGCGCCGCCACCAAUCGGCGCUCUCCUCCCAUCGGGCCCUUCCCAUCUAACACGCGCGCCUCUUGCAGUCUUGCCGCGGAAGCGCUCCAAGCAGUUCUUAUCCUGUAGCCAUUGUCGUUCUCCUCCCAUCUACUGGACUGCCUUCGAGUGGAGAUCCGUCCAGACUUAUUGGUUUUGCUGGUAAGGAAGCCCUAGCCCCCCUAACCCUAGUCCGGCGCAUAAUCCUAGUAACCUGCGCCGCCGCCGGCCGGCCCGCCGCACCGCCACCGCGCAUCCUCCUCCUCCGCUGCCUGCCGGCGCCGCUGCGCCUCCCCGUUCCCCGCCUGGCUGCCUCCGAGCUCCGACGCCGCCUCCCCGGGCGCCCGACGAGGAGCCGAGGAGGAGCAGCCACUCAGCCAGAACCUGACCUGCGCCGCCUGGCCGCCGCACCGCGCAUCCUCCUCCAGUCCUCCUGAGAAGUCCCCCACCUCCUGCUCCGCCUCCGCCGUCUGCAGGCCGCGGUUACGAUGUUUAUUCAGAAGUUCAGAUUUGUUCAUUCAGUUACCAGUGUUUGUCUACUUGUUUUGGUGUCCUAAACACCAGCGUUCCAUUGCAACAGAAACUAGGAGGCCGGCGCGGUCCGUUCCGCCUGCGCGUGCGGGCGGCUGACCCCUCUGGUUAUCGAUCUGCCUCGCAACGAGGACUCGAGGAGCCCAUGGACAUUGUCGUCCUCUUCACCGGAUCACCAGCUGUGAUGAACCGAUGCCGGACAAAUGCAUGUUUGAGCACUGAGAUGUAGUUAGCUUGUUUCUUUGGAGCAAAACAUUGCAAUACAUUAUGAAGAGUGGCGAUGGAAAUCGGAUCAGGCUUCAACCAAAGUGGAGAAAAGUUGCCUAUGGGGGAAGGCAGCCUGGCUACGAUGACAACUACACUGACGAGUCGUUCCUCGAGGAGAUGGUCAUGAAUGCCAGUGUCGUCAAGAGGGACCUUCUGAAAGUGAUGAUAGACUCUGUCUCCAUAUCGCAGUAUCUCUGCAUCGUCGCUCUUGUGGUUUCAACAUGGACCCUUACACUAAACUUGGUCAUUGAUGAGUCCACUCUUCUCAAACUAGAUGUUGGUCUCCUACUGGUUGGGUUCUCGGUCCUCUUGCUCACAACUUGUCCGUUCUCAGUGCAGCUUCUCUCGAAGUAUGUCCUCAAUAUAUCAUUCUUUAUCAGUGGUCUUUAUGUUCUAGCACCAAUUUAUCAUACCCUGACUAGGUCCAUCAGUUCAGAUUCAAUAUGGGCACUUGCUGUGACUCUUCUGCUAGUUCAUCUCUUUUUGCAUGAUUACUCUGGCUCAACGAUAAGACCUCCAGGUGCGCUCAACAACCCGAAGUUGACCAGCAACAUCUCCUUGAAUGCAUCAAUAGUGGCAUCUGUCCUUGUGGCUUCGCGUCUGCCAUCUAGGCUGCAUGUCUUUGCAAUCAUGCUCUUCUCUUUGCAGGUCUUCCUGUUUGCACCCCUCAUUACGUUCUGUAUCAAGAAGUACCACUUUUGGCUUCAUCUGCUAUUCUCCUUUGCGCUGAUGGUUGCAACCCUCAAUGUCACAUACCGAUUGCAUCAGAUGUUCUUCAUUCUACUGUUGGCACUUCUUGUUUUUAUCUCAAUUGUUUGCCCUUACUGGCUUAUAAGGAUUCAGGAGUACAAAUUUGAGAUCAACGGCCCUUGGGAUGAAGCAAAACUCUGCUUUGAUAUAACUGAGUAACAGCGCAAACAAGUGCAGAAGAUUGGUUUGAUUGUAUCUAUAGCUAAUGUGCUUCAGUCGUCUUAGCAUAUCAUGUGGAUGUAUACACUCUCAACAAAUUUAUUUUGUUACCGUGACUAUUA